CUACCUAGUGGGUGUGGUGCGUUCGUUUAGUGUGCUAUUUAUCGUUUGAAAAAUCAUCACUUUUCUUUAAAAAAGAUCACCUUCAUUAUCUUCAUUUCGUUUUAGAAUAUCUCUUCAAAGUAAAUCAACAGUUUUCAUUCAAUAUUUUUUAUUUUAAAUAAUUUUUGAAAAAAAAAGCUUGUUUAAAAGAUGUUUGCUGCUAUCAUCGAAGAAGAAAUGAAAUUGGACGCGAUGCAACGCGUAUGGCAGACAAACUUCCGGUCGCCCGGCGCCCUCGUUUUCGAGGAAGCCCAAGAAAUCACUCCCUUUGUAAAUGAGUCACCUCAGGAAGUUGAGAAACCUUUACCAAACAACAUAUUAUCUAACUCAACUUUGGAUUAUGAACCCAUCGCUACAUCAACCUUCCAAGUUCCAUUCAAAACUAAAUCCUUAAAAAAACCUUUAAAACCAAAUCACCUAAUCCUAAAUGCCUCCGACAAUGGAGAUUUCCCUGCCCAAUACACAAUAACACCAGUUGAAGGUCAUCAAUUUCCCACAGUUGGGGUUUACAUUGAUAAACGUAUCCUACCUGGUUUUAAAUACAGAGUUCGCCCUUUGUCCGCUUUGGGUGGCUCAUCCGAACAAAAGAAAUGUUUGUUCGGGGGACAAGGUUUGGUGUUAAAGUCAAUUGGACGUGGUUAUUCGAGAAGAUUUACAUUUGAGAACGAAAAAUAUUUCUGGAGUGACAAUCGACCGGAAGGUUUUGCUUUCGAAUUGGAGGUGGUUUCAAAAGGGGAUAAAUUCACCGUUUUCGAUGUCAACAGAGAGGCCCAAGGGACGGCAGAAAUCGUUGAAAUUGAGGAGAAACAGGUUGAAAUAGGUACUGCGGUUGGCGUGGAAGCGAUCGAGAAAAGGGUUAAAGUAACAAUGACGGCUAAAGUUGAAUUUUAUGAAACGGGGGUUGCCCAAAUGAUGCCCGUUAGCGGAAUCGCCAUUUGCGUUAAAAAACCCGGACAAGAUCGUGCUCUCAUCAAGAAGAUUAUUAACGUUAACAUCAAACAUCACAGGUAUUAUUUUACCCCAGGAUUUAAGAACGCUUUUCGUAGAGUUACCGUCCAAGGAAUCGACAUCAAUGAUUUACCAACUAAAUACACCAUGACUGGUUUACAACCAUAUGAAAUUCCUGUCGUAGGAACUUACGUGGAUCCAAGAAUCAUUCCAGGAUUUACUUAUCGCAUCCGCCCAAAUGAUCGCAAAAAACAUCUUUUUAAUGGAGAAUCUCUUAAAUUACAAAGCAUUGGAAUGGGUUACGCUAAAAGACUGACUUUUGAAUCAAACACCAAACUAAACCCAUCCAAUUAUUUGUGGUCUGAUAAUCAUAGGGAUGGUUUAGGUCUGGAACCAAGAGCUGUUCUAAAAGGGAUGAAAUUCAAGGUGCUUGCCGGCGAUCAAAUUCUUGGCGAAGCUACAGUUUUUAGAGAUGAUCUCCCACAAACUGAAAAAUUUAUGGAAAAAGAGUUAACAUCAACCGGAAAAUAUUCAAUAACAAAAUACAUUCAAAUAGACGUGAUAUGUCACAUAAAAUUAGAAUGUAGUAGAUUAUCCGAAAACGAGCAAUUAUUGAGAGUGUGUGGAUUGGCGGUUGUCCAAAAACUACCGGGAAAUAACCAGGCGAAAGUUUUAAAGGUCGAAAAUGUCGGUUUGGAUUCCCAAUUAUAUUUGCUCUUUGCACACUCCCAAACAGAGUUGACCUUUAUUCCUGCUUAAAAUAAAAUUAUCGAUCUGUUUUAUGGAUUUACUUACCAGUUGGACUGAUGAGAAGAUUUAAGGAAAGAAAUAAUGAUAUUAACCAAAAAACUCAAUCAAAACUUUUUUAAAUUAAAACUUGUUUUUUAUUAUUAUAAUUAUCUCUAUUUU